AGACACACAGCUGACACGUGGGAUUUGACCAAUGGGGAGAGAUGUUGACGUUACACCUUCCUUCCAAUACUUGUCUCCUCUUCCUCUCCUCUCCUCUCUACUCUCAUCCUCAUCUUGCAUGGUAUUAGUACGUACGUACGAUCUCUUUCUUUUUUUUUUAAUCCAAAUUCAUAAUUUACAAAUUGAAAAUCAAUGGUUAUAAUAUAUUUUUUUCUUUUUCUUUUUUUAGACAAGGAACACCCUCCACGGUCAUCAUCUUCAGUGAUGAUGUAGUUGGGGCCAAACCCCAGUACCUCCGUCAGCGGUCCGGUCAAAUGUGGGGUGCCUUCGGUAACACCGUGGAGGCGGUGAAAAUCGAAUCUGGGACCUCUCAGUCACAAGUCCGUCUUCCUUACCACCAGACUAUGUCACCUUUGGCAAUCAAUGGUUAUAAUACUGGUAUCGUUGCCGUAAUUUAGGUAUGACAAGCUAGCUAGUUCGAGAAAUGAGACGUCUGAGGACAGUAUCUAUGUCUGGUCCAGCAACAAGCCACGAUUUAAAACCGGUCGUGCUGAAGAUACAUAUAAUUAAUACUAAGCAAAAGUCCCCAUAAUUAGCAGACAGUCAGCAAAAGUGAUGAUUACGUAUGUGGUUAAGCCAUAAUUAUCUCUACCUAAGAUGCUUGAUUAAUAGUGGACACUGCCGCUGAUACAUAAAAUAUUGAAAGAAAUAUAUUAAUUAGUGGCCACUGCCAAACGUAGAAAAGCCCACUAAUAAAAAAAUAUAUAUACCUUCAUGGCUCCAUUUUGGCCACGACAAGAUCUUCCUUAUAUGUGAUUUACUAUUUGGGAUCAUCUACAAAAUUAUAUUUAUUAAUUUGAACGAAUCUGAUCACUUAUUAUAUGAUUGAAAUAUGAUAAGAACAAUGCGACCUCGUAUAUAAAGAACGAGUCAAUCAUAUAUAUACUCAAAAUACAAGGUGUCUUCCUGAAACCCAUAUUACAAGAAAUGCCGUAUGUAUGUCGUUGGAUCUCAAAGUGUUAAGAGAUUGGCUUUUGUCACACGACAUAUAUUAGGGCUCACAAGUCACAACUCAACUACUAGGUUUGGAGGUCUGAUGGUUUUGUACAAAUGGUUGGGAAAUAAGUCAAUAGCAUAACCAAAGAAGAGAUACCCAAUUACAGGCCCAGCCCAAAAAGUGUUAAGCUUUGAUGGGCCGAAUUGGAGUCAUUCUGUGUACACGACCCAAAAGAGAGGCCAAGCCCACGAAUGGGGAUUUCGGGAUGAAAAACCUUUGAAACCAACAUUGCUCAUCGAAUCGAGGAUGCCUGCUCGGAUUGUCCGUUUUGCGGACUUCCUGAAACCCAACUCCACUGUCUCAGAGACUGUGAAUGAAUGGACACGCCGUCUGUGGCAGUCUAGUGUGGAUUGUGAGCUCUUCCGCUCAGGUGAGGGACUAUCUGGAUGUGAUUGGUUCUUCCGUGUCUUCAAUACCCACUCGAACGAGGAUCUCCAAAAAUUCUGUGCCAUUCUAUGGUUUAUCUGGAAAGAGAGAUGCAACCAUAUGUUUAAUAAUCAUAAACUAGAGGAGGAAAUUAUCCCGAAUGCGAUUGUCAGGAUCUCUUAUUAACUGGAAGCUCAACACGAACCAGAUGCUAGGGGCCGAAGGGCUUGUUUGGAAGUUGUGAUUCUUCAAAUUGAUGUAUUGAGACAAUUAGUGUAUUAUCAUUUGAUGUAUUGAAUCAAUUGAUGUAUUAGGCAAAUAUUUUGUUUGGAGGUUUAGAUUGUGUUUUUGUUCUAAAGGUAAAAAAGUUAGUUUUGAUUGAUUGUGAAGAAUCUCAACAAAAAGUAGAGAUUCUAAAUCCCUCAUUAUUGAGUGAUUGUGGUGGGGCCUCCAAAAAGUAAAUGCAUGUAUUAUAGUUCUAUAUAAGCCAAAAAAACGACUUAAUCUUACAAAUACAUGAAUUAGGUCAAUACACCAUUUGAAAUCACAACUUCCAAACGACCCCGAAGAUGCACUAAUGAGCGGGGACGGAAUUCCAAUGAUCUUCAAGAUGAAUUGUGAUGCUGGGAUCUUGCAGCCCUCUGGGAUUGGUCUGGGAUGUGUACUCACGAAUCGUACCUGAUGAUUCAACCAAAAAUCCUGAACAAAAAUAGCUAUUCCUGCAUUAUCUAUCAUCAUCCUGUACUUGUGUGCUCCAAAACCCAAAAUAAAUCGAGUAGCGCUAUGAAUCAAGCGAUUACCGUGUUGGGAAGUGAUCAAUCAUUUCUAGGAACAAGAACCACUUCUAGGUUAUAAAGUUUCUUCUGUUGAAAAGUAAACAAUCAUUCAAAUGUAAUUACUUCAUUCCUUUCUAUUAGUCCCGUAUAAGCAGAGUGCUCUGUUUUUCUCCUCUGAGGAAACCCAGCAACUGUGGCCGACGUCGGAGAUGAACCCCGGCCACCGGCGGGUAACCCACUAUUUGGGUCGCCUCUGUUUGCAGCGAUGGUGGAAGCACGAGGAAUUAGCUCCGGCGAGUAAUUAAAUCGAUUGCCCUCUAUUCUUAAUCGAAUCAAGGAAUCAGAGUUGGCAGGGGAAGGAAUUUUCUUCACUCCGAGGGGUAAUGAGGGAAAGAGCAGAUACUCCGGCAAUUUAUGACUGCGGAAGGAAGCAAAUGCCAAGGAACUCCGGCGGAGGUUUGGGAGGUAGAAGAAAAUCCCUUAGCCGGUGACCAACACCAUCCCCAGCCGUCGCCAACUGCUGCAGGAGGAAGAGGAGCAUGCCAGAAGGUAAACGGCGCAAGAACGGGCGACGGAGCAGCGGAAACAAGCGCGAAAAAUGGAAAAUACGGGCACCCGAAACGUCGAAACGUUUCGAUUCCUCAAAACCAAAAUCGAAACGCGAUAAAUUGACGAGAAAGUGAAAUUGACGAUAUACGAUAUAAAGCUAAAUAUCGUGA